GUUCAAACUUUAAUAUCUUUUUUAUAUUGAGUGAAAAAUUAUUUAAAACCGAGAUAACAAGUGUACGAGACCACUUAUGUUUAAUCUUUUGUAACACACAUAAAUAAUAUAAUAAUAUAUAAUAAUAUAUCAUGUUUUUACUAAAUAAAAAUCGUCGUUUUAGACCAACGGCAAGAAAUCUUGUUGUCGUGUUUCAGGUGUCAAACUUUAGUGUCAAUGUUAGUCUAAAAAAACAAAAAAUUUAUACAUCUGUCAGCCAUGCCUUAGAGGAUAUUAAACCUGGCAGUUCAAUUCUAUUUGGUGGUUUUGGUCUUUGUGGUAUCCCUGAAAAACUAAUUGAUGGUUUAGUAGAACGAGAAGAUAUAAAAGACUUGACAGUAAUAAGUAAUAAUGCAGGUAUAGAUAAUUUUGGCCUGGGAAAGUUAUUAAAACAAAAGAAAAUAUCUAAAGUAAUUGGUUCAUAUGUGGGUGAAAAUUCUGAAUUUGUUCAGCAAUAUCUAAAUGGAGAACUUACAGUUGAACUUACUCCUCAAGGAACACUAGCUGAACGUAUACGUGCUGGAGGUGCAGGAAUACCAGCAUUUUAUACUCCAACUGCCGUAGGUACACUUGUGGAAGAAGGUGGUAUUCCGCUAAAGUAUGCAUUGCAUAAAGAAUCAGCUGAAGAUAAUGAGAACAAUGAAGCCAAUGAUAACCACCAAAGUGUGGAAAUCGCCAGUGAUGUUCGAGAAACUCAAGUGUUUGACAAUAAGACUUAUGUUUUGGAAAGGGCAAUUACUGCUGAUUAUGCAAUCAUUAAAGCACAAAAAGCUGACCACGAAGGAAAUCUUGUGUUUAAUAAAUCAGCUCGAAACUUUAAUUCAGUCAUGUGUGCAGCUGGGAAAACUACAAUUGUAGAAGUUGAAGAAAUUGUUGAAAAUGGUUCUAUUGACCCUGAUCAAGUUCAUGUUCCAGGAAUAUAUGUUGAUAGAAUUGUGCUGGGCAAAGAUUACGUUAAAAAAAUUGAAAAAACAACUUUGUCCAAAAAGUCUGAUGAAUCAAUUUCCAUGUUAGUUAAUUCACCUGCAGCUCAAUUAAGAGAAACAAUUGUUAAGCGUGUAGCUCUUGAAUUCAAAAAUGGCAUGUAUAUUAAUUUGGGCAUAGGCAUGCCGAUGUUAGCUAGUAAUUACAUCCCCGAGGGUGUCCAUGUAAUGUUACAAAGUGAAAAUGGUAUUAUCGGCCUUGGUCCAUAUCCUUCAUCCAAAAAAAGUGUUGAUCCCGACUUAAUAAAUGCUGGUAAAGAAACGGUAACCGUCAUACCUGGUAGCAGUUUUUUUGGUAGCGAAGAAAGUUUUGCAAUGAUAAGAGGAGGUCAUUUGGAUCUAACUGUAUUGGGUGCAAUGGAAGUGUCUCAAUAUGGGGAUUUGGCUAACUGGAUGAUACCGGGAAAAUUAGUAAAAGGUAUGGGUGGUGCCAUGGACCUUGUGUCAGCUCCACGUACCAAAGUCAUAGUGGUCAUGGAACAUACAACAAAAGAUGGUCAUCCAAAAAUUAUGUCUAGUUGUACUCUUCCAUUAACUGGUAGUCGAUGUAUAGACAAAAUUAUCACAGAGAAGUGUGUAUUCGACGUGGAUCCCGAGAAUGGAUUGACUUUAGUUGAAAUUGCUGAUGGUGUUGAACUUGUAGACAUAGUUCAAAGUACUGGGUGUGAAUUUGUCAAAGCAGACGACUUAAAAAUAAUGGGACAAGUAGAAUAGCUCUAAAUGAUAAUAAAAUUACUAAUAUGUAUAACCUGUUAUGUUAAUAAAAUCAAUUUUGCAUUUA